CAGCUUUUCUAACCCUCCAAUUUGCCACUAAACCACUUCAUUCAAGCCUUUUUACAUCAACCAUGUCUGCAAACUCAUCGGUCGGAAAUCGCACCGUCUACGAAGCCGGCGACCAACGACACUACAAAGACAGCGAGCUCAAAACGGCCGAGCGAUACAAGGAGGGCAAGCCCGUCUCGCACCUCCCCAACGACUCCAAGGACCAGCGCUCCAUCAUGAACAGGCUCGCUCAUGAAGAGAAGCGGCAGCACGAGCCUGAGCCCCAGGACGAGGAGACGGCCAUGUUGCACAAGGACGCCACGCUACCCGCACGCUCGCACGGCAACGAGCCGUCGAAAGGCGCUAAGAUUGAUCAGGAGCUGAGGGAGGAAGAGGAGGCGGAGCUGAGGCGGAAGGGCAAGGGUGAUGCGCUGCCGGGGAAGAAAUAGAUACGCUGCGUGGCAUGGGAGGGGUUUGGGCUCGUUAGACCUGUGUGUAUAAUCACUACGUGAAUCGUGAGGUUCUGUAGAAGAAUGGAAUGGUAGCCCGAAUGCUGGUUCGCUGGUCUUUGCGAUCGGAUCCGUGGAA